UGUCUCUGGGAAACUGGGUGCCCGACAAAUGACAGGAAGAUGUGAGAACAGGCCCUGAAGGGUUUCGAUUGAGAAAGAGUUGGUGUGUAAAUGGGGCUGAGUUAUAGGGGCACAGGCAUGGCUUUCCUCGGCAGAAAGGCCAAGGGAAGGUGGACGGCACGUCUUCAGCCACAAGUUCAGGCGUGAUUUGUCAGCAGGGCUUGGCCGUCAGCCUGCAGUCGCUGAUUCCCUCUGCCCACCUCCGCUCGCUGUGCUUGCGGCAUAUUUAAGAACCCAAGCGAUAAGAACUGCAAGAUUAACCACCUGGGCUAAUGUUCAGUAGGGUCCCCUUGGGUUACAGACGGUGGGAAAAGUGGCCCGGACCCACGGAACUGGCUCCUUUCAUCUUUCCUCAAAACUCUGGGUAAUACAAAAUGUUUAAAUCUAGAAGUUUUAAGGAGCGUUGGUGCAACUGUAGCCGAGCUUGCUACAAAGUAGCUGUUGUGAUGAAUAAACAGAAAACCCCACCCAUGGCACCAUCUCCAGGUUGCGCAGACGCAUCCGGAGGAGUCCCCGGGAUUCUUGGAGACGCGCAUUCCCAGGCUCAGAGGAGGCUCCUUGGACCACGCUGACGCGGUUUUCUGCGCUCCAGAACAGAGCUGGCAGGUUGGCCCCAUCCCACCUGGCCGCAGCCAGCACACCUGAGGGCUCGAGGACCCGCUGCCGUGCCUGGCAGGCCGAGGUUGGCUGGAGGGCAGGAGGCCUCAGUUUCUCCCUGCGUGAAUCCACGCGUAGCGCCGUCUGAGCAUCCUCAUGCCCCGGCAGCUGGCUUCCCCCAGAGACAGCGAUGCCAGGGAAAGCCAGGCGGAAACCACGACGUCUUUGAGGACCUCGGCUCAGGAGUCACGCCGUCUUCCCUGCAGCACCCUCUUGGUGGCACAGCUUGGUCCUGUUCGUGCAGGGAGGAAUGAGGAGCCCUCUCCAAAGAGUACAGGGUGCCGAGGAACCUCGCUGUUUGUUAUCCUGGGUUGGCGAGUCGUGGCUUUUAGCUGGACACCACCGAAUCCAGCUCUGGUUAACUUAAUGAGAAAAAGAACUGGACAGAAGGUUCCUGGAUCGUUCUGAGAAUCAACCGGAAGUCUGGAGACCAAGGCUCAGAAGAGGGACAGGAGCCCGGGAGGCCCUGAACCACAGUUAAGGCCCAGCCACAGGAAGCUUCGGGUAAGGAUGUGGCCUGUGGUCCGUGGCACCGAUGCUGCUGGGCAUGUCUGGCACCGGCCUCUCACGACGGUGGCUUCCGCCAACACUUCCGAAACAUCCCUGGGUGUGUUCACCCUGAAAAGUCAGAGUCUUGGGUAGGAUUGAUUGUUGGAGCCCGUCGCACCUCCCUGCCACGGUCUGGCUACAGGUACGUGGAGGGCGGGGCCUGCAGGUGGGCUCCUGGUGGCACACAGAAGACGGAUGCCGGAGGCAGGAAGAGAGUGUCGACGCUGAGGGCAGCCCCCGGACAGCAGACGUCCACCCUUCCUGCCUUGUACUGAGCUCCAGGGUUAUUUUUGGUCUCAAAUGCACCCCGAAUUACAACAUUCAUACAUUCCUGAAAAGUUACGUUGAUUCGAAUUGUGGUUUAUCUACACUGGCUAAGCUUAAUACCUUUUAGAAGUCUCGAAGAUAAUCCUUCCCCAAAGCAGCUAAUCCUUUUAGAGAACAAAUAAUCACUUCUUAACCUUUUUAUUUUUGAAGAUCAAGACUCUGUAUAUUGGGUUUUCUCAAGGCAGAGUAUCCAGCACUUAGGCAUCCUCUUUUGCUCAAGAGUGAGGAAAUGUCUCAGGUUUAUAGAUAACCGCUCGCAAUCGCUCAUGCUGUGUGGAAAAAAAAAAAUCAAAACACUGAGGGUUUUUUUUCUUUCUCCCCUGUAAUUGAUGAUUGUCUGGAAGGAAGUAUGGGGCUAUUAAAAUUUUUAAAGAGCUUGUAUUUAUUUAUUUUAUCUUACCUGCAAGACUGUUUAAAAAGCCAAUUUAAGAAGUAAGACCUGGAACAUUUGCAUGGGUGAAGAUACAGGCUUUUUUUGGUUUUGUUUUGUUUUUGUUUUUUUGCUCUUAAGACCUGGGAGUCCCAUUUGGAAGAGUCACCUUUAACAUUAAUUUUUUUCCUCCCGCAAGAGGCUUUCACAUUACGGCAGAAAUAAUCUUGUUCCAUUUCCUCGGGUUGCUUUCACGCUUCCUGGAUGAGGGAGCGAGGCCCCGAGGUGACAGCUGGGCAGGAGCCUGGACGGGGUGGCCGUGGUGAGCCAGACGGAGACCUGACUCGCUGCUCCAAGCUGGUGACAGGCUCUGCGCAUCCGGAACAGUCCCGAUGGCCUGGGGAGCACGGAGAAGCAGCAGAGGAGGAACUGGAAGCAGGCGGGGAGACCGGUGGGGCAGGUGCUCUCAAAAUCUAACAGAUGACAGAGAGUGACUGAUGAUGGUUGCCGUUCAGGUGCCUCUAUGUGUCAGAUGCAUGCCUGGGUCUCGUCACUUUUUGCCCGGUGACAGGCCAGUGGACUGGAGUGGUCUCCGUCGCGACGAUAGCCUUCGUUUCCCCUUGGUUCGCCAUGGAGCCCAUCUGUCCGCUCCUGCUGGCGGGUGUUAGCUUGCCGCUCGCCAGGGCGCUCAAGGGCAACGAGACCACCCCGGCCUACAGCAACUGGACCUCUACGACCUCAGGCCCUCCGGACCCCGGCGCGCCCCAGCCCCAGCUGGCCUGGCUGCUGUUGCCUCUGCUGCUCUGCGUCCUCCUUCUGCUUCUCGCCGCCUACUUCUUCAGGUUCAGGAAGCAGAGGAAAGCCGUGGUCAGCGCCAAUGACAAGAAGAUGCCCAACGGAAUCCUGGAAGAGCAAGAGCAGCAAAGAGUGAUGCUUCUCAGCAGGUCCCCCUCCGGGCCCAAGAAGUACUUUCCCAUCCCCGUGGCGCACCUGGAGGAAGAGAUCCGCGUCCGGUCGGCGGAUGACUGCAAGCGCUUUCGGGAGGAGUUCAACUCGUUGCCAUCCGGACACAUACAAGGAACUUUCGAACUGGCCAAUAAAGAAGAAAACAGAGAAAAAAACAGAUAUCCCAACAUCCUUCCCAAUGAUCAUUCCAGGGUGAUUUUGAGCCAAGUGGACGGGACCCCCUGUUCAGACUACAUUAAUGCUUCCUACAUAGAUGGUUACAAAGAGAAGAAUAAAUUCAUAGCAGCUCAAGGCCCCAAACAGGAAACGGUUAAUGACUUCUGGAGGAUGAUCUGGGAACAGAAGUCUGCGACCAUUGUCAUGUUGACCAACGUGAAGGAGAGGAAAGAGGAGAAGUGCUACCAGUACUGGCCGGACCAGGGGUGCUGGACCUAUGGAAACAUCCGCGUGUGCGUGGAGGACUGCGUGGUUCUGGUGGAUUACACCAUCCGGAAGUUCUGCAUACAGUCCCAGCUCCCUGAUGGCUGCAAAGCCCCACGGCUCGUCUCCCAGCUGCACUUCACCAGCUGGCCUGACUUCGGCGUGCCUUUCACCCCCAUCGGGAUGCUGAAGUUCCUGAAGAAGGUGAAGGCUCUCAACCCGGCCCACGCCGGACCCAUAGUGGUCCACUGCAGCGCCGGCGUGGGCCGGACGGGCACCUUCAUAGUCAUCGAUGCCAUGAUGGACAUGAUGCACGCCGAGCAGAAGGUCGAUGUCUUUGAGUUUGUGUCAAGAAUUCGCAACCAGCGCCCCCAGAUGGUUCAGACGGAUAUGCAGUACACGUUCAUUUACCAAGCCUUACUGGAGUACUACCUCUACGGGGACACCGAGCUGGACGUGUCCUCCCUGGAAAAGCACCUGCAGACGCUCCAUGGCACCACCAGCCACUUCGACAAGAUCGGGCUGGAGGAGGAGUUCAGGAAACUGACAAAUGUCCGGAUCAUGAAGGAGAACAUGAGGACGGGCAACCUGCCGGCCAACAUGAAGAAGGCCAGGGUCAUCCAGAUUAUCCCGUAUGACUUCAAUCGGGUGAUCCUUUCCAUGAAAAGGGGUCAGGAAUACACGGAUUACAUCAACGCCUCCUUCAUAGACGGCUACCGACAGAAGGACUACUUCAUCGCCACCCAGGGGCCCCUGGCGCACACGGUGGAGGACUUCUGGAGGAUGGUGUGGGAGUGGAAGUGCCACACGGUCGUGAUGCUGACGGAGGUCCAGGAGAGAGAGCAGGAUAAAUGCUACCAGUAUUGGCCAACGGAAGGCUCAGUGACUCACGGCGAUAUAACAAUCGAAAUAAAAAGCGAUACACUUUCCGAAGCCAUCAGCAUACGGGACUUCCUGGUCACUUUCAAUCAGCCCCUGGCCCGCCAGGAGGAGCAGACCCGAGUGGUACGCCAGUUCCACUUCCACGGCUGGCCCGAGAUCGGGAUUCCAGCCGAGGGCAAAGGCAUGAUCGACCUCAUCGCGGCCGUGCAGAAGCAGCAGCAACAGACGGGCAACCACCCCAUCACGGUGCAUUGCAGUGCUGGAGCCGGGCGAACAGGUACCUUCAUAGCACUCAGCAACAUUUUGGAACGAGUCAAAGCCGAGGGCCUUUUAGACGUAUUCCAAGCUGUGAAGAGUUUGCGACUUCAGAGACCACAUAUGGUGCAAACCCUGGUAAGAAACGCCGUGAGGAGGAUGUUUGCGGAAGAACUGUCUCCUGUUGCAUUUGGUAUCUGUCUCAUGAAAGGAGCUCGAGGGUGUGGGUCCGGGGGGAGCUUCCCAAGGGCACGGGCUCGUGGCACUCUUUGCAGUGACACUGAACGGAUCCGCUGCCUUCCUGGCUGGGGACUGUCCCCUGGGCAGGACACGGGGGAAGGGUGCACUCAUGACUUUAGACGUAAGACCCCUUGGAAGAUGCACUGGUGACUAGCUGUCUGUGUCAAGUGACUCUCCCAUUCUCUUUCAUUCUGUGACCAAUACACACACUUUCUGGUGUGCAGAAGACAUGCUUCCUCGCCAAACUUGGCAACUGUUCUACCCCUGUAGGUGCAAUUUCAAAAGUGGUUAGAGCACAGCACUUUCUCCAGGCUUCCUAUUUUGAGAUCUGCCCUCCCUGUCCACUCGCUCUGCAAGCUCACGGCAUCCCGACUCAGCAGGCAUAGAAGGCGGCAGGAGAGGCCUUCCACAACCUUCCUUCCCGUUGCAGGGGAAGCCCGACCACUAGAAUCCCCAGAGCAGAGAGCGGGGUUCGCCUCCCCCGUCCAGGCUGUGCGGGAGCAGUUCUCACCCUGACCACACACUAGCCUGACUGGGAGGGUGUUCACAUUCCCCCGUUGCCAGGGGGGCAGCAGCGUAUUUAAAGCCUUCCCAGGGGGUCCCAAAGUGAAGAUGGGUUUGAGAGCCACCACGAGUAAAGGAAACAGGGUACUCGCCAGGUCCCCACACCUCUGGACCCACACGCCCCUCUUGGGGCCGGACCAUGACUGUGGUGGACACCUGAGAGCGAAAAGGAAAGGGCGUGAGGCCUCCUCCGCUCUCCUUAGAGCCCUGGUUCCCAGUGCAGACCGUCUUUCCUGCUAAAGCCCUGGAAGAUGCUAGAAAGGUCUUUCUAAAAGUGAUGCCUGAGAGCUGAUACCUCCUAGGGGCAUCACAAACUUGAAUGACUUUGGGCAUGGAAAAAACACAGGUGGACCCCUCCAUGGAAGAUUUUCUAGAUCAAAAUAAUAAUAGGAACGCCCUCCCGAAAAUAGCCAUUUUUAAUUCUGAGCCAGACUCUUGCAGUUUCUUUGCUGACUGUUUUUCAGUCCACGACAGGCUCCUGCAGGCAGAGGGAGUGGCUUCGGUGCUGCCCGGCCCCCAGUUAAGUAUAAAAGCCCAGCCACGGCGUUCCUCUGAUGCUUGGUCUUUGGGCUGCCACCCCAAAUUGACGGCUGGCCCCCAUCCUGGCUCUGUAGACUUGAACAAGCUCCUUCCACUUUCUGGACUUCAGUUCCUUAUCUGUGGGAAACGGGGUGAUGGCACCUGCCCGUCGUUGACACGCACAUCUGCUUGUGUGUGUCCACCAGGGGCCCACGGGUGUCUGGCCCAAGGAGGCCCCAGCCACUGGAGCAAAGAGCAUCUCUUGUCCGGCUCAGCAUACAAACACUUCCUUGCUUUUUAAGGGGCCUCAGCUCUCACAAAUUCAUCUGGUCUGGCCGACGUGUCCUAUCUCCAAGAGCCUCUCCAUCCAAGCGCCCUCCUGACUCAGCUCUCCUCUGGCCCACCGCCGCCUCUCCCGCACCCCUCCCUGGGAAGCUGCCUGUGGGUGUCCUCUCACUCGGCUCUGUACAAUCUGGCCUGGUGGCACGUUGUAACGGAACAUUUAUAACCUGACUUUGAAAGUCAGCAUCUAGCUUUCCGCAUCAUCAGGGCUCCACUUACGUGGUGAUUCAGGAAAUAAAUGGAGGAGAGUUAACCAUUUAAGCAUCAUGAUGUCUGGCAUCACAUGCCAAGGAACCAGGUGCCUGACACGCAUUGUUCUCAUCUUGCCCUCACCGUAUCCCUGUGCCUACUCUUACAAGGGACCUUCUGUUGUCACCUGCACGUGGGCGGUUAGGUCACCUGCCCAGGGUCUAAAGUGUCAUAGUGAGAUCCACCCCCGGCCUGCCUGCCAUCGGCAUCGGAGGGCUCACCUGCGACCCUCCAUGCAGAGACCUAGCAUUUGGCAGGGAUAUUUUGGAAGAGAGCACAGGGUGUGAGAAGGUAACAGGAUAAGGAGGUGCUUGCUGACAUGCACACUAGUUACUCUGCAGGUGGCCGCCCCGGCUCACAAACCAGUCCCCAGUAGCUGGCCAUGCUGCAAGGCUCCUGGGAUAGGCUUUAGGGCAACCGGCAUUCCAAGGCUAAAAGUUUGUUGUUGCCCAGAAACAUUUUCUGGAAUGUUUGUGCCUUGAUCAGAAAUGUCUGUGACCUGAGGUGUGGCCCGUGUCAAUCCCAAUAAAUCGCCAAAAUACAUGCCACUGAUCACUGGCCACCAGUGAUUCAUGCUCAAGACACAGCGGGGCUGGGUCCCAGCUCUUGUGUUUGCUGCUAAAACAGAGUGAUUAAUGGCAUCUCCACUUCCUCCCUGAUUGGAGCCACCUUUGAUGUGUGGCUGAAGGAACCUUCAAAAUAGAAGAACGUGGAGAAGUCAAGUCAAAAGCCCUUUGCCUGUAUGAUACCUCAUGAGUGUCGUGAGGAUGUUUGCCUCUCUAAAGAGAGUCUAUAUAUUUAUUAAAACUUCCCUCCAAAAAUUCACUUGUUUUCCUUCUGGGGAUCUUGCCCCGGAAGGAUCAAGGUCCUGAUCAAUGACCAGGUGGGGAUCUUAGCAGCCAGUAGUGAAGACCCUGCAGCCCCUUCCUGGCUCCCCCGGUGACUUCCCUGUGGUCUCAAGACCACCUUCUGUCCAUCUUUCCUUUCUCUGGAAAGACAAGCCCCAUCCUCUGCUGCCCAGACUGACUGAGAUGCCCGAAGGCCCAGGCAGGCCAGUGUUUGCCGUCUGUCCAGCCAGAAGCCUUUAGGCUCUUGUUCAACGUGUAUUUAGAGAAGAGGCCAAACCCAGUGUGUUGGGAGAGAAGAUGGGAAGGGUGGGAGGCCACACUUGGUCUCCCCUGCGCCCCAGGCCCCUCACAAUAGGGCCCAACUGCCAUGCGCCACUCGGCCGGCAAAGUACCAGGAUCCGCCAGUGACCAGACCCUUUUACUCGAGAGGCAGGUUGGCUGCCGUCUGUUGUUACUCAGACCUUCGGGGUCCGCUCCCCAUCUGCUUGUGGACCAUCAUGCACACAGUUUUCCAAAAUCUCUGGCAGCUGCCAUUGGCUCUGUCCCUUGCGUGUCUCCCUGUGGCGUGCCCAUCAUUGGCGGACAGGACAGGCCCGCGCGGCUGGCCCUCCAUCCACCCACCACCCGGGCUCCCGGCCUUCCCCCUCCAGGAGCCGCGGGGAGGCAAGAGUCAAAUGAUCUUCAGCAGCGUUUUAAUGAGUUAAGGACCUUAGAUAGAUAGAAGGCAACAUUCUUCUGAAUUUUAGUAAAAUUUAUAUAAAACAAUGUCCCCUUUUUAGAGUAAAUGCAGCCUGGAGUUUCAUCCUUUUUAACUUUCAUGGAUUACUUCUUUCCUAUGUGGCUUAUCUGAAGCCCAAAAUUCUGGCUUUUCCCCAUUUUCAUUUCAAAAAUAGCUUUAGGGGCACCAGGAUGGCCCAGUCGAGUGCCUGACUCGUGGUUUUGGCUCAGGUCGUGAUCUCAGGGUCGUGGGAUCUCUUUCUCUCUACAAUAAAUAAAUAAGCAAAUCUUAAAAACAGCAACAAAAAUCCAGCUUUAUUUGGAAAUGUUUCUGGGCACAGAAAGUAAAUCGAGUAACCUGUCAGAUUGUUUUAUGUCUUCUUUUAAAAUGUUUCUCUUAAUUAAAUUAAUGGAAUUAAAAAAUAUAUAUAUAUAUAUCGUUUUAACAUA